AUGGCUGCGCCAGCAACCCUGCAGCCCCGCCUCUGGCAUGGCGCCCCCGCGCCCCCGCUCCUCCUGACAGCUCUUGCCGCUGCCCUUGCCUGCCACCACCUGCGUCCCCACGAUGCCACCUUCCCCUGGGACAGCCUCCAGCUCCUCCAGGCCAUGGCUCCCAGCCCGCCACAGCCCUGCCACCACCAGCAUGUACCCUUCCCCUUCCCUGAUACCCUCCUCCACACUAAUCACCCACAGCAAGCCGCUGCCACUGCCCUUCGCAUCCUCCAGCAUCUCUUCGCCACCCUCAGCAGCCCGAGCACCCCCCACCACUGGGAUGCCCAGGCAUGCCACCACCUCCUCAAUAACCUCCAGCAUUACAAAGACGACCUGGAGCAAUGCAUGCCAGCCGAUGGGAUGUUCUUCAAAGGCCAAGGGCCCCGCAACCUGCUGCUCAACAUCAACAAAUACUUCAGGCACAUCCACGACUUCCUUCACAUCCACAACCACAGUGCCUGCGCCUGGGACCACGUCCGCCUCAAAGCUCGCAUCUGCUUCCAACGCGUGGACACGCUCAUGCAGCAAAUAAAGAGCUGA